AUGCAAUUUAUUUUAUUCAUUCUGCUCAACUACCUAUUCGUUGCAACAUGCGAGCGUUGUCCUAUUUUUAUCGGUGACUCUGAAUGCCCGUUGGAAUAUAAAUGUACCGAUAAUAAGUGUUUAUCACCUGAUGGGAAACUGCCAUCGUUGGAUUGCAAUAUGAUCAAAUGUCCUAGCAUGACUCGUUGUCAUCAAGGUCGUUGCUAUCCAGUCGUUGGUCUUGCAUGCAAUCGAAAUGUGCUCGUGGCAAAUUCAACUGCCGGAGCGAUAAUUUCAGAUUGUGGUAAAAGAGGAAAAUGUGUUAAUGGACGAUGCGUCGAAGAUAGGUGCAUUGGCGUGUCAUGCAAACAAACUGAAAUUUGUCGAGAUGGCAGAUGUGCUGAACUGAUUGGUACAUUCUGCUUCUCUUCAUUUGAUUGUGGACCGAACUUGGAUUGCAUUGCUAAUCGUUGCACUUCAACUACUCUUAAUUUACAGUGUAUCUGUGAUCCUGGAGAGACAUGUCAGCAAGGAAAAUGUUUUCCGGAUCCGAGUUGCACAAAUAUGCUCUGCGAACAAGGAUCAGUGUGCAUGAAUGGUGCGUGUGUGUCAGUAAUCGGACGUGACUGUACACAGGACGUAUGCGAAGGAAAUACAGUGUGCAUUCAAGGACACUGCCUUCUUGACCCAUGCAUUAAUCGAUGUCCAAUUGAUCAUGCUUGUCGACUUGGUGAAUGUCGACAUUUACAAGGAAUGCUUUGUCAUAGCCAGUGCCCACAUCCGUACGAAUGCGUUGAUGGAAGGUGCACACGAAAUGAUUGUGCACGAAAAGUGUGUCAAUGGGGUGAAACGUGUGAGCAUGGUUUAUGUGUUAAAGUUGAAGAUCGCUUUUGUACAUUAGCAAUACGUGAUUGUGGUGAGCAUUUUGAAUGUGAAACAAACAAAUGUCACGAUAAACUCAAAGUUGCAUAG